GGAAUGUGUCGAUAAAAAUACCACUGGCGGUGGCCACCAACUCCACGGUCAGCAUGGCCUGUCUGUACGACCUAGAGUCCGACACCCUCUACGUCGUCAAGUGGUACAAAGGGCAGCAGGAGUUCUUCCGAUAUCUGCCCAAAGAGAUGCCACCAAUGACGGUGUUUAGCCCUCUUGGCGAUAAGGUCGACACGGCGCAGAGCAACAACCACCACGUAGUCCUGACCAACGUGCAGCCCGAUCUGGCUGGCAAAUACCGUUGCGAGGUCUCCGCAGAUUUUCCGACAUUCCAUACCGAAAUGGUCUCCAGUUACAUGCACGUAGUCAUUACUCGGUCUCCUCCCAGGGCCCCUCUUUGAUCUUGUCCCUGUGAGGGGUGCACCCGUUACACCUGACUAAUUAC